AUGGCACUCGGUCUGCACGUCGCUGGAUUUCGGAGCGUUCUUGGAGCGAUGUGGUCGAUUGCGGAUAAAGACGCGCCAGAGGUGGCCGGGACAGUGUAUGAAGUAGUUUUUGGGACAAGUGUGGAGGCGGAAAAAGGUGAUGAAGGAAAUCGUGAUUCAAAGGGCGCGAGACCGAGGAUAGAGAAAGUUGCAGAGGCGGUGAAUCUUGCGACGAGGAAGCUCAGAGAUGGAGGGGCGGAGCCAUCGAGGUGGGCACCGUUCAUGCAUGUGGGUGUAUGA